AUGGGCAUAAUGCGUACGGUGGGAGGCGUAUCUGGCGAGGGGCAGCCCCAGGACAUGCCCAUAGCCACGGUUAGCCAUUGCCCGAUCUACCGACAGGUUCUGGGCGCCGGAACGGGAGCUGGCUCUGCGCCGGCCAAGCGAGUGCCCGUCCUCUUUUCCACCAAUCGCGGUCUCUACCUGCGCCAAGCACCACCGCCUUCUGCACACUCAGAGGUGAUGUCCUUGCAGCCACGUAGUCAGAACUACAACAUUAGUUUCUGUGACUUGGAACGAUGGAGCACCAAUCGCGCCAAUGUGGUUAGCCUGGAAGACACCUUUACCGUCAUGCAGCAGCGGAAUAUGUCUCCGGAAUCAUUAAACUAUCAGCCCAGGCUUUGGAAAAACAAUGUGAGCUACAGUCUUAUGCGAUGAAUCAUAAAA